AUGGUGGGCGGCAAGGGUAGCGCCGCUGCUUCUCUGACGCUGGUGGCGCUCCUGUGCGCGAUGUCCGGUGGCUGCGUGGAGGGCCGCCGUGUGGCGAGGAUGGGCCUCGACAUCGGCUUGGGUGGCGGCCAGGGAAUUGGGCUCGGCCUCGGCCUCGGGCUUGGGCUUGGGCUUGGAGCGGGCACAGGAGGUGUGUCUGCUUCUGGGUCUGGUUCUGGCUCUGGCUCGGUGGCUGAGGCAGGGCCUACCUCUGGGUCGGUCUCUAUUGGAGGAGCUAGCUCUUCUGCUGGGUCGAGUGCUGGAUCAUACGCUGGGUUGGAUGGAUCAGGGGCUGGGUCCUCAGCUGGAUCUAGAGCAGGGUCAAAUGGUGGGCAAGGGUAUGGACAAGGAGGUGGCAGUGGGUCGGGUUUAGGAUCUGGGUAUGGUGAGGGUGGAGGAUAUGGGCAUGGUUCGAGCAAUGGGUUUGGAGAAGGGUAUGGUUAUGGAUCCGGUUAUGGUAGAAACCCUUAA